CCCAACUAGCAAUCUAGGCUUAUGUAAACCUACCUUUUUGGCUAUUCCAAAUAUGCAUCAGUAGAUCUUUGGCGUUGCAGUUGCAGUUGUGUAUUAUCUUUUACUUCACCCAGUGGCUAUAACUAUUCUAUUCCUGCGUUGUGCUCAUUAAUGAAUUAUUAUUAUUAUUGUUAUUGUUAUUAUUAUUAUUAUUAGGUGAUGAUACGUGCACGUGCAACGCCGACUGAUUUCAUUGCAAUUGCAAUGCGAAUGGCCACAACUUUGGAAUUGCAUAACACAGCCCACCAAUGCAUUCAAAUCAUUUAUUACCAAACUAAGAUCGAGCCCCACCCUCAGUUCUAUUCUAUUCCAUUGUCCCCUUACUCUCCCUUUCUCUUUCCUCCUUCAUUCUUCACUGUUUAUAAUAUCAUCAUCCACGGGUUCCCUUUGCUUCCUUUUCUUUCUAAUUUUUUGUUUAAUUUAACAAAGUUGGCUGUGUAUUAAAAGCCAUAUCCAUUUAUAGGUUAAAAGGUCGAUGUGGUUUUGGGAGGCAUUGGGAAUGAAUUAGUUUGAUGGUCUCGCUCACAAUUUCCUCACCUUUUCCCUGAUCACUUUUACCCUCGAAACAAACAUGUCUACACGCAUAAAUCCCUCUAUCUAUCAGACUAACUUUUAUAUUUAACAUUCUCCUACCAAACCGCCCCUUUUUCCCACUCUCUUUUUUCUCCCAGCCAAAAAAAAUAUAUAUAUUAAUAAAAUAUGAUUUUGUUGGCUACGUAGUCCCGGAAGGGAAGGCCUUUUUCAGGUGCGUUUCUCUAGGCCCCCAUGAAAGCAUUUUAAGAAUCUCAAAUCCCAUAUCUCUCAGCGCUGCCCUCCUCAUAUUUUUCUUUCUUUCUUUCUACUUUGGUUUCAGUGCUGCUUAUAAUCAUCUCUAUAUAAUUCUCCUUUUCUUUUUACAAUCACUCUCUCCUUUCCCUUGGUCAUUCUCCCCCAGAUCUUUCUCUCUCUGUGUGGCUCUGCGGAUAGGACGACCAUGUUGGCAAUGGAGCAAAUUUUAUCUGAACUGAAUGGUGAGGAGUUAAACGAGCAGGGUUUGCCUCCAGGGUUCAGGUUCCACCCGACUGAUGAGGAACUCAUCACAUUUUACUUGGCUUCAAAGGUUUUCAAAGGCAGCUUCUGCGGAGUGGAGAUUGCUGAGGUAGACCUCAACCGAUGUGAGCCAUGGGAGCUUCCAGAUGUUGCUAAGAUGGGUGAGAGAGAAUGGUACUUCUACAGUUUACGGGACCGGAAGUACCCAACAGGGCUAAGAACAAACAGGGCCACCGGAGCUGGGUACUGGAAAGCCACCGGAAAGGACAGGGAAGUAUACAGUGCUUCCAGUGGAGGGCUUCUGGGGAUGAAGAAGACGCUUGUGUUCUAUAAAGGCAGAGCGCCGCGUGGGGAGAAAACCAAGUGGGUGAUGCAUGAGUACCGCUUAGACGGCGAUUUCUCUUACCGCCAUGCCUGCAAGGAAGAAUGGGUUAUAUGCAGAAUAUUUCACAAGAAUGGGGAGAAGAAAAAUCCAAUGAUGUUCUCAUGUGAGAGCUAUCUGAUGGAGUCGGGCGGUGGGUGUGGUUUAUCAUCGUCCACCACUUCCAACUCCUUGCAGUUGCCUCCGCUGCUCGAGACUCCAACAACAACAACACUAAUAGAGUGUCAAUCUCAAGCUGCAGCCGCCGCCGCCGCCUUUCAAAACUCUUUUCAGAUAAACCAGCAGCCUCCUCCUCCUCCUGAAAACGACCUCAAGAGUUUAGUGAGCUCAGUGGUGUCCCAAUCCAACCUCCUUUCCUCGAGCGAGGCACCCUGUUUCUCACACAGACCAAGCAGUAACGUGAACCCCAUUAUUGCGAAUCCCAACAACAACAUGGCUUCACCAUCAUCAUUAUCAUCUUCAAUUUUCUUCAACUCACGUCAACACUACUCUGAUUACAUGUUCAAACGACUCAAAGGGGAGGAGUCCAGCUUCAGCACAACCCAUUUCGAACCCACUGACACCAACAACUCAAACUCCUUCAUGGAUAUCAAGGUUCACCCAAAUCUUCCCUUGUUUUUUGAAAUGGAUCAAUGCAAUUCAUCUCCACCACCAGCCGCGGCUGCUGCUGAGAUGUCUGUUCAUGACAUAUCUACUUCAAUCGCCUUCAACAGGUCCCCCUUUCAGACAAUGUUAGAUCCUCACAUCAACAUCGUCCAUGCCCAUGGAGAAUCUUGGCCAUUAGAUGCUUGAAACAUCUUUUUUAGUUUUUUCUUUUUUUUUUCAACUUUUCGCCUACUUUUUCAAGUACUGAAGCUGUACCUGUACGUGGUUGUAAACUAGUAUGCGUCUCUAGCGUAGCGUCCAAUCUGUAUGUACCAAACAUUUCUUUAAAAACCCAUCAUUUCCUUUCUCUAAAUUAUAACCCAUUAUCAUUAUCCAUAUCUGUACUAUUUGUUAACAGCUGCCUGCAAGCCAUCUUAGGACGUGUGCAUUUAUUUAAGAAGGCUGCCACUUAAAUUACAUUGAUAAGAAAACUAGAAAUGGCCGCUCUGGAUUUUGGAAGCCCCUAAAGAUAGAGAAUUAGGUGAGGGCAGGUUCAGCUGGAUGGGACGCCAUUGAUGGGAUUUGGAGGAUUACUAAAUAUAUUUUGACGUCACCUGUAAUUUAUUAUGUAUUUGAAGAGUUGGCAAUGGCCCGAAAGGUUGUGAGUGUAUAGUGUGGUUGCAUGCAUGCUGUGGCUUGUGGCUUGUGGGUGGGGGGUUGGGUUGGGUUCGUAGGGGCCUUUCUGUGCCCUCGGCCACAGCCUCCUCAACUGAACAAGAACAAAAUACAUGGGGGAUUUGGAUUUGUAUUUGGACUUGGGAAUGAGUUUU